AUGAAAUCUACCUCAUCAUCAUUGUUCAUAAUUUUUGUACCUCUCAUAUUUUAUGCCAUUGUUCCAGCAUUAUCUCUCGACUUGUAUGAAUCUGUAUGCAAUGAAGCUGGACAAGAUGCCAAUAGUUGCAUCAACACUUUGAAAGGUGACUCAAGAAUCGUUGGAGCCAAAAACUAUCUUGAUCUCUCAAAGUUUAUCUUAGAGAUAGCAUUCAAUAAGGCAACAUCAGUUCAAUCUUAUUUUGCCAAAGUGGCUAUUCGUUUCCCCGAGGAUAAUGGUAUUAGACGAUGUUCAGUUGUAUUCUACGUUAAUGUUUUGGAAGAUUUCAAAAGUGCAACUUAUAAAUUGGGUUACAAUCCUAAAGGUGCAAUUGAUGAUAUACAUGCUGCUGGUGAAGAAGUUAUGAAAUGUGAGAAAGUUCUUAGUGGUGAAAAGUCAUACAAUCCAUCAAUGCAUGCUCUAAACGAUGGGAUCUAUUUACUUAGUAAAAUAGCUUCUUUAACUGUAAAUCAUUUUGCACUUAAGGAAGGUUGA